UUAACUCAAAUGGUGUGUGCUGACUGCUGACUACAACCGCAAAGCCCGCGCGGCUUUUCACAUUCCUUUCCAUUUCAAUUUUAACUUAACUUUUUUUUCUUCCUCACACUUUCCACUCCCUCUCUUUCAUUUAUUUGCUAACAUUAUUUAGGGUUUAUCACGAUGAGAGCAAAAUUGAUCGUAUUCCCCAUUCGCGGCAGAAACUGGUGCUUCACCAGAUCCGUUGAUCACUCUCUCCCUCCUCCUUCUUCAACUGCUUCCUCUCAAUCCCCUUCCUCCUUCAAAGAAUUGUGGAACAAUAUUAACAAUGCUGAGAAAUCGUUCAAUGCUAAAGCUGAACUCUGUACCGAUUACGCAGCUGAUAAGAUGAAUAACGGCUGGGUUACUCUUGAAAGAGCACCUGAUGGAUCUCUGAAAAAGAAGAUUCACGGGUUGGGGCUGUGGCUUUUGUCACGGGUGAAGCCGUCGGAGAUUUUUCUGAAAACGAUUUCGAAGGAAGUUACUGGCGUUGAAAUUGUUUACCCGACGAGUGUGAAUGCUCAACUUGUUCGUCGUAGACUAAGACAUAUUGCUAUGAGGGGCACAGUUGUACACAGGAAAUUCUUUUAUGGUUCAGUUUCAUUGAUUCCAUUGUCCUCUGCACUUAGUGUUUUACCUUUGCCUAAUGUCGCAUUCUUCUGGAUUUUAUACCGAUCGUACUCUCAUUGGAGAGCCCUCCAGGGAAGUGAGAAACUGUUUCAACUAGUCUCAAAUAACUCCAAGUCUUCAAUUACUUUCACUGAUGAGAAGGGAACCAAGCAUAGUGACUCCAAAAGUGAAAGCCUUAUCUCAGAUGAACCACAUUGCAUAUUGAGUCCAUCCGAAGAGCUUGAGAAGCUUGUUCGUCAAGAAGAUGGAAAUGAUGGCCUUAGUAGAGACACCAUCGCAGAAAUUUGCAAGCUGUACGAUUUGAACACCAAAGAUGUGAUUAAAUAUGAAAAGUCUAUUUUCUGAUUACCACUUGUUUCAAGUUUUUGCAUAGACAUUUUUUGACUCAUUUUUAGGGAGACACCAAUUUACUCAGAUGUGUCUAUGAAUUUAGUCAAUAAUGAAUCUGUGAUAGUGAAAGUUGAACGGUAUGAAUUUGUACAGAAAAUUCUUUUAA